CAAGAGCAUUCCAAUACAAACUAAACACAUAAGCCAUGGCAACAGCAUUCAAGUCUUUGGUUGCUGUUAUAUUUAUCUCAGCAAUGUCAUUCCAAUCAUGCUUUGUCAAUGCAAAUUUUUACGCAGACACUUAUUUCAGCUGGGGUGCCGAGCAUUCGUAUAUUUUUGGCAAUGGUGAAGAUCUUAAUCUAGUGCUGGAUAAUGUUGCAGGGUCUGGUGUUCAAACAUACAACUCAUACCUAUUUGGAAGCAUUGAAAUGUUGAUCAAGUUGGUUCCAGGGAACUCUGCAGGAACCGUCACAGCAUACUACCUUUCGUCAACGGGGGACUAUCAUGAUGAGAUUGACUUUGAGUUCUUAGGGAACUCAUCAGGAGAACCAUACACCAUGCACACAAAUAUAUUUACUCAAGGAAAAGGAAAUAGGGAGCAGCAGUUCAAGUUAUGGUUUGACCCGACGGUGGAUUUCCACAACUACACCAUACACUGGAACCCUCAUGCAGUUGUGUGGUUUGUUGAUAGCAUACCAAUUAGAGUUUACAGAAACUACAAAAGCGAACGAAUUGGAUUCCCAGACCAACAAGGAAUGCAGGUGUACUCUAGUUUGUGGAAUGCUGAUAACUGGGCAACACAAGGCGGUCUAGUGAAAAUUGACUGGUCAUGUGCACCUUUCACGGCUGGCUUACGCAAGUUUAAUGCAAGGGCGUGUAAGUGGAAUGGACCGGUUAGCAUUUACCAGUGUGCCUUCCCUAUCUAUGCUAAUUGGUGGACCUCCCCGGUCUAUAAGCAACUGAGCUGGGACCAACAGGGAAAACUCAAGUGGGUUAGAGAUAACUACAUGGUCUACGACUACUGCACAGAUUAUGAGCGUUUCAGUUGGCUGAUGGCUCCUGAAUGCUCCAAGCCACAAUACUAAACAAAACUUGAUAUAUUUUUAAUUGUUUUCUUUCUACGAUUCAUUUUCCAGUUUGCACUUGAAGCUCCAUAUUUAUUUUAAUUUGUUUUUAUUUCUCUCAUUUACAAGCAUCCCCUAGGAUUAUUAUGUAGACAUUCUUAUACAAGAUCUGAAAUUGAUGUAUUU